CGUGCGCACGUAAAGCGCAGCAGCCAAGAGCUCAAUUAAAUCGAGAAGCCCGCAAAAAGAUGAGCCGCCCGAUGAGCUGCGAGAGAUGAGGCCUAACGUAAAAAGUUGGACGCGCUGAAUAGCUCUGUGAUCGUUGAAAGAUCGGGAAGUUGGUACAAGGGAGAAUCAGCGCUCGCAGCGUCGCGAUGUACGUGUACUUGAGCAAGAAAAUAGCCAUCCCCAACAACGUCCGACUGAACUGUAUAGCAUGGAACCAAAAGAAGGGCUACAUCGCCGUGGGUGGAGAGGAUGGCCUGCUGAAGGUCAUCAGGGCCGACACGAGCUCGUCUAGUGGCGGCGGCAACAGCCAAACAACAUCAACGACAAGCACGACGACGACGACGACGACGACAACGACGACAACGACGACAACGGCUGCCGAGCCGACGAGCAACAGCAGCGGUGGAAAGGGGGGCCGCAACAGCACGAACAACGCGUCGAGCAGCCUCAGCAUGAAUCAGAGCCUCGAGGGCCACAACGGCCACGUGCAGGUGGUCACCUGGAACGAGGAGCACCUGAAGCUGACGUCGAGCGACCAGAACGGCGUGAUAAUCGUCUGGAUGCUGUUCAAAGGCUCCUGGUACGAGGAGAUGAUCAACAAUCGCAACAAGUCCACGGUCAGAGGCAUGUGCUGGAGCUCGAACGGCCUGAAGAUCUGCAUCGUGUACGAGGACGGGGCGGUGAUCGUCGGCUCGGUCGAGGGCAACCGGAUCUGGGGCAAGGACCUGAAGGGCCUCGUGCUGACGGCGGUGCAGUGGUCGCCGGACGCGAAGCUCCUGCUGUUCGGCUCGAACGGCGGCGAGGCGCACCUGUACGACGAGCAGGGCACGUUCCUGACGAAGCUCGACAACAUCGGCCAGGGCCAGGGCCAGGCGAUCGUCUCGCUCCAGUGGUACGACGGCCAGAACGGCUACGUGGCCGAGGACUGUCCGGUGCUGGCCGUCUGCUACCAGAACGGCAAGCUGUACCUGCUGCGGGACGCCAGCGACGACACGCCCAUCACCGUGGACUGCCUCAUGAGCGUGAGCUGCUGCGUCUGGAACGGCUACGGCUCGCUGCUGGCCGUGGCCGGCACCUCCCUCAGCCACGAGCGUCGCGACUCCAACGUCAUCUCGUUCUACUCGCCGUUCGGCGAGCAGCUCAAGAUCCUCAAGAUCCCCGGCAAGGAGGUGAGCGGCUGCAGCUGGGAGGACGGCUCCUUGAGGCUGGCCCUCUCGGUCGACUCCAACAUCUACUUCGCGAACGUGCGGCCGGACUACAAGUGGGCCUACUUCGGCCACACGGUCGUCUUCACGGACGAGCGGGUGGGCCGCGACGGGGUCUGCGUCACCUUCUGGAACACCCGGACGAACGCGCGCUACUUCAAGUACGUGCGGGCUCUGCUGGCGGUGGCGGCGCACGGCGAGCACUGCGUCCUGGCGGCCCGCAACGAGGUCGGCCAGGGCCCCGAGCGCUUCGUCCUCUACGUCUGCAACGCCAUCUCGACGCCGCUCGACACCAAGUACCUGGACCUCGAGCCGAGGCAGCUCUGCAUGAACGCCACCACGGUCGUCGCGGCGAUGCGCAGCCACUUUCUCCUCUGGAACUUUCGAGCCCCGCGCAGCUCGGCCCUCCAGCCGGCGAGGCUGCGCCGCGAGAAGGUCUACCACGUCGACGACACGCCCACGGGCACCGUCGAGAUGGCCGCCGCUACGAGCCCACCGAGCACUGCCACUGACUCGCUCGAGCUGCCCGUGGCCCGGGAGAGCUCGGCCGGUCGCCGCGACACCGCUGACCCGAUCUGCAGUAUCUGCUGCAGCGACAAGCUCCUGCUGCUGGGCCGAGAGUCGGGCAUGCUGCAGCAGUACGGCCUGCCCCAGGUGACGCUGAGCAAGCGCUACGCGACGGCGCGACGGCCCUGCCUCAUGGCCAUCAACAGCGACUCGACGCGGGCCGCCAUCGUCGACGGCCAGGCGCUGCUGCGUCUCCUCGAGCUAGCUCCGAGCACCGGACCAAGCUCCGUGCUCGGCCGAUCUAGUAGCGUCGAAGCCGCCAACGCCGCCAACGCCGACGACGACGAGGAACGCGAACGCCUCGAGGACGUGGCCAAGUUCGAGCGCAAGGACGCCUGGGCGGUCUGCUGGGCGCAAGACAACCCGCGACUGCUGGCCGUCAUGGAGAAGAGCCGCAUGUACAUCUUUCGCGGCCUCGAGCCCGAGGAGCCGAUGAACUGCGCCGGCUACGCCUGCUGCUUCAAGGACCUCGAGAUCCGCUGCGUGCUGCUGGACGAGCUCGUGCGACAGCCCGAGUCGGCGGGCCCCGAACUGCUGCAGGACCUCGAGGUCAAGUCGCUGCGCGACACCCGCGACCUGUUGGCUCGGGUCGGCCCCAAGGAGGCCGAGGCCUUCGUGCGCGAGCGGCCCCACCCGAGGCUCUGGCGUCUGCUGGCCGAGCACGCGCUCCGGGCCCUGGACCUCGACGAGGCCGAGAACGCCCUGGUGCGCUGCGCCGACUACCUGGGUAUCCGCUUCGUCAAGCGGCUGCGCGGCAUGCACGACGCGGGCCUGCGUCGCGCCGAGGUCUUGGCCUACCUCGGCGAGUACGACGCGGCCGAGCGCGCCUACCUCGAGCUGGACCGGCGCGACCUGGCCGUGACGCUGCGGCUCCGACUGGGCGAGCAGCCCCGAGCCCUCCAGCUGAUGCGCCUCUCGACGACCAACCUCGGCACCGGCAGCGGCGACGCCCCCUCGAGCAACGUCUUGUCGGACGCGAUGCUCGAGCGCGCCGAGGCCAGCUGGGGCGAGCAGCUAGCCCUCGGCCAGCAGUGGAGGGCGGCCAGGGAGCACUUGGAGCGCGGCGGCGCCCUCGAACGCCUCCUCGACUGCCACUACCGCCUGGAGGAGUACGAGCAGCUGGCGGCGGUGGCUGCGCGCCUCCAAGAGCCCAACGCCCUGAGGCGCGCCGGUCGCAUGCUCGCCUCCGUGGGCAUGGUUCAGCAGGCCGUGGCUUGCUUCGUGCGUUGCGCCGAGCUGCGCCUGGCCGUGGACACGUGCGUGCGCGCCAACCGCUGGGAGCAGGCCCUCGAGCUGGCGCGAACCUGGCGCCUGCCCGGCAUCCCCGAGCUGCUGGCCAAGUACGCGCGCCACCUUCUGUCGGCCGGUCGGCGGCUUCAGGCCGUCGAGCUCUACCGUCAAGCCGAUCGACCCCUCGAGGCGGCCCGUCUACUGCUGGAUCUCGCCCGAGAGCAAUCGGCCAGUGCGCCGCCGCUCAGGCUCAAGAAGCUCUACGUGCUCGCCGCGCUGCUGGCUCAGGAGGCUCUGGGCCGCGCCCGGCCGGCCGGACUCUUGGCGGGCCUCGCCGAGGCUGCCGGGGCCGAGGAUGCCAGGCUCCUCGAGGAAGCCUGGCGAGGAGCCGAAGCUUAUCACUUUUUGCUGCUGGCGCAUCGUCAACUCUACGCCAGCGAGCCAGAGGCGGCCAUGCGAACGGCCCUCCGUUUACGCGAGUACGAGGAGCUGCUCGAGCAGGAGCCGCUCUACGCGCUGCUGGCCUUGGCGAGCUGUGCCUGCCGUGCCCUCGCGACCUGUUCCAGGGCCUUCGUGCGACUCGAGGCUAUCGAUCCGCGUUACGAGGAAUUGGCUCUGGAGUUGUUUGGGGCGCGCCCACCUCGGGACGCUAAAGCUCCCUCCAAGGCCGAGUGCAUCAGCUGCGAGAGUCUCGUACCGGAUUACUGCGUUGCUUGUCCCAAUUGCGCUAGUCCGUUUCCGGCUUGCGUUGUCACCGGCCGACCUCUCAUGAACCUCGCCUCGGCUUGGCUCUGUACCGUCUGCAAGCACUACGCCGUUUCGGAACGCGAAGUUGUUAAUAUCAACAGUUGUCCGCUCUGUCACAGCAUUAUCACGUACAUGUGAGCUCGUAUGGAAUUUCUCGUGUUUUCGGCUGCAUGUAUCCAAUUGUCGUGUAAUACGUAGUACAAAUCAAUUAGUUACUGCACGCCCGAAUUUGAUUCAUUGGCAUUUUUAUGUAGGAUUUAAGAACUUGUAAGAGUUACUCGCACACGUUUAAUUAAUUUCGACUACUUAUGAUCUCACUGAAAGUAUUAAUUAUGUAUACCUUUUUAGUAUAAAACUGUUAAGAAUUUAUCAAAGCCAAAAGAUUUUAUUAAUACUGUUGUAUCAAAUCAACACUUCACAAGUGCUUUUCAACAAAGAUACAUCCAAGGAGUUAGAUAACGUAAAAAUAAACCUAGUUAAUAAGUAAAGAUGUAUUUAUUUUUCAUGUCAUCAAAUAUGUCGUAUUUAUGGAUUUCAACUAUUUUUUUGUUAAUAAAAUUUUUAAACUAGAAACAUAAUGUACACUUUUUUGAUCCUUCUUAACCAACUGAGAUUCAGUAAUCAAUCGUCUAAUAAUUAUUUUAUAUAUAAUGGUUAUAAAUUAAAAAUCGAUUCAUAAAUUAUUCGUAGUUGUAUCAUACAAUUUUAUUUUAUAAAUUCAAUUCAUCACACUCUCAAAAUUUAAUUUCACGUAUAAUCGCAACUGUUCUCACACAUCAUUUACGUUUUACUAUAAGAAUCGUGUAUAGUCACGGAUAAUUUUAUUUAAUCAAAGAACCAUUAAAAUUUAUGUUUUUUAUAUAAAACAUUUUGUCAUGUGCACGUGUUUAUGCUCCUUCUUGAUGCAUUUGACUCAUUCGUGCGAGCGAGUGGCGCGAUGCAUAAAUGAAUACAAAUAAUUAAAUAAAUCAACGUUCAAGUAUAAACAUUGAACACAUUUGUAUACUUAUUUAUCAUAUGUUCAUGAAUUUUUCACUAAUGCACAGAUAUGAGUGAAAGUAAUUUAUAAUUAUGAAAAAAAGCACACCUUUUGUUCCCGAUAAAAGUAUUUCCGAUACCUAAUAUAUUUUAUUAUAUAACUGAGGUUAUCGAAAAUUCUUGAUUCGAACAAGUUUUAUGAUUAGAAGAUGCUUUGAAAGAGAAACAAACCGCGUUUAAUGAAGUGCUGGAAUUUUUUGACUCACUCACAGCUCUUGAAAGAUAUGAUACGGGAUGAUUAUAGUACUAGAUUUGUAUGGAGACAGACGCGUGACCAUGAUUUACAAUUCGGAGUAUCGUCGAAGUUUGUUCGUACAGAAUCUCAAGUAAAAUCCAUAUAUAUAUUCUUAUUUCUAAACGCGUACAGAUUCUGUUUGUAUAUUUUCGAUACUACCAAAUGCAAAUUUCAUACAUAAUUUACAUUAAAAUAACGUCAUUUAUUUCAUCAUUAUAAUUCACAUUAAAGUCAUUCCAGCCUGCACCCGGCGCAUCGUGAAUUAAAACAUUUUUAAAAGCUCCAUUGUUAAAUAUUAUCGCUCGUAUUCAGCAUUCAAAUCUCAAAAUAAAUGCUCUAUUUUUCAAACACACUCAAAACGCAUCAGCGAAAAUAAAAAACGAUCGAAUUCUUUUGCAACAAAGGUGAUCAAUCGUUCUUUCAGUCAAUGCCUUACAUCAUAGUAUUCACGUAUUCUGGUCAAAAAAUGACCGAAUAUUAUAUUAUUAAUUAAAAUUUAUCUAAUCUAUAACAACUCCUUUGACGCCAAGACUUGAAAAUUAAACUUUGAAUCUUUAAUGUCCAUUCACACAGGCUAAGUAUAACAUUCGCGAAUUACAAUUUCGACGAUUUUGUAUGAUAACAAAUAAAAUAAUUGC